AGUUGGCUGAGCGUGCCCGAGUACAUUUCCGUUUUCGAACCCGACGUCAACCAUAGUCAAAGUCUGUGUGUUUUGUGUUUCUUUGGAGCCACAAUGAUUUUCGCUAAUUUAACCUUUCGACUGUUGAAAUUGGAGUUGGACUUUUCCACUUGUUAAAGGAAAAUAUUGAAAAUCGAAUAAUAUAUAAUCUAGAGAAAAGUAAAAGAAACAAAUGAAUUGUUGGCUCUGAAAAAUAAAGUAUCGAGAAAAAAAAUAGUAACAUUUCAUUAAACAGUGUAAACUAAAGUUAAACAAAAACAUAUUAUACUCUCUUUGUAAAGAGGAAUAAAAACCUGUUGCAAUGGGUAUACAAGACUUGCAAGCAUUUUUGGACAGCAAUGCCGUUCAAGGUGGCUCAGUCGCUGUAGACUUACUGAGAAUCGCUCGUAACGUCGCUCAGAGACAACGCAAUCGUUCUGGAAAGGGACAACAGCAACAGUCACCCUCCGCCAAACUCAGAUUAGUUCUUGACGGAGAAUGUUGUCUGGACAGAUUGUACGGCGGCUAUUUCUCAGACUGGGCUUGUGGUGGUCAAUGGAACCGGAUGGUACAAUUCCUAGCAGUGCUGACACAAGCAACAGAAAUGUCCGGAGUGGAAUUGGCUGUGUUUUUCAAUGGAUCCUUGGAGUCUCCUAGGCGCCUUGAUUGGAUUCAACAGCAACUGAAAGUUCGAAUAAAAGUUAACAAUGUUUUGAAACACAUCACAACCAAAGGAACACCUCCGCCAAAAAUUUGGUGGACACCACCAGUCUGUCUACGGACCAGCCUUCGCAUGGCACUUAGGCACUUGAAUGUUGCAGUGUUGUGCAGCAUGGAUGAUCAUCACCAAGAAGUCAUCGCCUAUUGCCGUGAAAAUUAUUUCAACGGAUUGAUAGCCGAUGAUGCCGAAUAUGCCGCGUUUGAUCCACCGAGGUAUUUUUCGUCGGAACAAUUGAAAUUGACCUACAAGGGUUCUCUGGAAACGAAAGAAUACAUCAUCUCUGAAUUCACAAAGUCGCUUAAUCUGCCGUCGGAUAGACUUUGCACCUUGACUGCGCUGCUCGGCAAUUAUUUACUUACGGAACAAGAUUUAGCAGACUUUUACAAAAAAUUAAACUUGAACACUAACCCAAAUAAAGUAACGGCUGAACAACUGGUCAGAACAGUAGCUAAUUUUGUUAAAGAUUUGCCCUCUGUUGAAUUGGACGUUGUAGCACAAAAUGUUUUUGGCUCUCUAUCUGACCCAAGAUGUGUCAAACUCAGACAGUCUGUGCAGUACUAUAUCAAUGGAACCAAAGAAGGAUUUCUACAUUAUAAACCGGUGAAGCCAGCUAAAGCUCGCAAGUCCGAAUCUAAGCAAAAUAUACCAGUCCAGAAAAAUGUAGCAGAGGUUCCAUCAACAACCUCUGAAGACGAUGCUAAUUUAGAAACAUCACGGUUCGCGUCAGAAACUGUAGAGAGUGAACGUGACAGCUUGCAAGCAUACAAACAAGCGACAGCCAAUGCCCAAGCCGCUCCGCAAAUCGUAAUUGAACCACCAGGAAUUCAGGGGCAUGGAGAUGCCGAUAAUAGUCGAACUGAAGAAGAACAGAACAAUGGCCAUGCCCUAAACGGUACUCAUAAUCUACUGAUCAGUUCUUCGAGCUCGAGUAGUAGUUCAACAGCUACAUCUCCCUCGCAUAUUAUGAUAGAUUCCACUAAACAGUCCGAAUCAACGACAAGCAUUCCGGGCACUGUUCCAGAAGUAAUGCGUACAGCUUCAGAACGACAUCAGAAAGGACUGAUGUCUCCGCAUAUAUACCAAAUUUUGAUUGCCGGAGAAAUAAAAUUGCCAGUUCUGUUAGAGGACGAAAGUCACAAGGAAUUCCCAUCUAUACACUUGAUCUAUAGACCUGUGAGGCAAAUGGUUUAUGCCAUUUUGUUCAAUGUGCACCACCGGAUAUACCUCGCCACAAAGAACAAGGAAAAAGGCGAGGCUGCAGGAAAGAAUAGAAGACCAGGCAAGAAAAAUAACGAAAAAGUGGAUGUACCUGACGUUGUGAUCAAAGAAUGGGUGUGGUCAAAAACGAACUGCUACCAGACACCAGAAUUGGUAAAAGCUGAGCAAAUUGGAUGGGGUGUUCCCACAAUACAGCGUUUAUGGUUUGGCACAGGGAUCGACGACAAACGUCGGAGACUUCGAGGAUUCUUAACUUGCCUGAAAUCAGACACACCUCUCAUGUUGAAUCCUUCUUAUGUUCCGCAACAUUUGUUGGUCAUGGCUUGUGUGUUGAGGUACAUAAUGUGUUUCAACGACAAGGUCAAAAUACUGCGACGUCAGGAACUUGAUGCAUUCAUCGCACAAGCUUUCUCACCUGAACUUAUGAAUGCCCAGUAUCUCCAAGACUUGCAGCUCCCUCUGGUAACAUCUCGUGGAGUUCAACUAGCGACUCUCUUCAUGGCUGGUGUAGAAACUGCAUUACUAGCAAACGAUGCCUGCGGGGCUCCAAUCCCUUGGCUGAUGUGUUGCCCUUGGCUCUUCUUUGACGGUAAACUGUUUCACCAUACCCUCGCACGUGCUACAAUUGCCAAAAACCUUUUGGAGCUAUGCGGCGGUCACAUCGAGAGAGUUGUGAAAGUGGAGAGAAUGCGAAAAGCUGUCUUGGAGGGAAUCAACGUUGUCUUUGCUCGCCCCCCACUACCAGUCACCCCUGAUAUUUUUCCAGGCAUUCGGGUAUCGGUUCCACAAAGUAUCCUCCCUGCUGGAUGUACCAUCAGCGAAGGUCUGGUUCGUGGUCGUGGAACUGGGAAUAUUGCACAGCGUGGAUUGAUGCGACGUCCAGUACCAUCGAGAGGAGGUCAAUUAGAAGUAGCUGGCGUAGUUGUAGGGCAAUGGGGUCCUAAUUAUGGCUCCAUGCCACCAGGCCGUCUGCCACAGCCCAUCCAAGGUCAUGCCCGUGGCCGACUUCCACCUCAGGUGACUUCUAUCGGUGGUUUGAAGUAUGGUCUUCCUCGGGGAUUUAACCCAAUGGGUCGACCAACUUUUCCUACUCGCGGAAAUAACAGAAACCAAAUUGGUGGUCGUGGAAAAAAAACCCAAAUGAAGGCAGCAAACAAAAAGAGAAAUAACAACAGGAAGAAUAAAGAAAACGAAAAAAAAGAUAGCAGAGGCCGUGGUAUUACCGUUGAGGGUGUUACAAGUGAAUACACUGGUUCAGUACUACCUGUGAAUGGCACAAAAGAAACCACUUCAGUACCCGGCCAAUUUGAUGACGCGCCAGAAAAUGGUAAGCCUGUAGAGAAAGGGCAGGGCGAUGCUCCGUUAAUUACAGCUGUUCCAGCUGAAAAUUAAAUUAUACAGAAAAACAAUGCUCCGUAUCAAAUACGGACCUCUCGGAUAUGACUUAAGACUGCAACCAAUCAAUCGAGCUAUAUGUCAGUUGAGCAGCUGCAACAGCUAUGUUUGCUGAAUUGUCAAUGAAAUCAGUAGCACAUAUUAUAUCACUGAGAUUUGUGUUGUAAGUUGCGGAUCACACAAUUUAAACACGAAACAUCAGCUUUAUUAUUUAUGUAACUAAAUUAACAAAUUUCGUCGUACCUUUCAACUUAGUCUUUUCUAUAGGCGAUCUGCAACGGUUUUUCAAGAAAGUGUUUUUAAGUUGCUCCAAAUCUCAACCCAUGUUUGAAAACUUGUUUCAUAUUUAUGGUAAACUGUUUCGUUGGUGUAGCUGCUCACAAAGCAUAUAAAAUUCUGGUGGGGCCAAACUAUAAAAUAACAUAGGUAAAUACACCGAAUGGCGCCUAAAGAAUAAUUGAAAAGGUGCAAACAUAACCAAUUUUUGACUAAUACUAUACGAUGUCCUCACUGCCAAAUGCACCACACUAUACGAGAUAGAAGAAAAGUGGUGGUUGUGCUGACAGGCUCUACCGCUUGCAUUGCUACUAAGGAUAAUGGAUAAAACAAAUAAUACAGAAAAAACUUGACUGAUUAGUGUACAAUUGCGCUAAUGUGUAUCUAAGAAGAAGAGUCGUCAAACUGCUAUACUAUGUAUUUAGUUGUUAAGAAGCAUGAUUAUUUUUUUUACACAGAAAAUAUAUAUUUUCCGGUAUUAUAUGAAAUGCUCGCUUCGGAACGUCUUGGCACUCAUUUCCCUGGUGAGAAUAGCGAGGUAAAGUAUUGGCUUAUUCUUAGAAGCCAGAAUGGUAGUUUUCUUAGGCUGCAGGGAAUCGAGGUCUAGGACAACCCUUAGCGUAUGGAGACUGAUGCUUUUCAUAUAAGUAAAAUAUAUAUUUAUACAUAAUUUAGGUUUAGGAUUCCCGUAAUGAUGUAUAUUAUACGUAAGGUAUGAGCAUAGAGAGAGCUUGACAGCGUGCUUAAAUAUUUCGAGAGAAUGAAAAUUACUAAGUAUAUCGUUUAUAUAUUAAUUAUUGAGUAGGCGCAGGGAGGGGGGGGGGGGGGGGGGGUAAUGUACAUACAAGGCGCGAAUAUAAUAUUACAGAUUGAUAUAUAUAUAUAGGAAGAUAUAUAUUUAUUAGCUGUUGUGCCUGAGACGUUAUGGAUGGGGCUAUUUUGGUUUGAUUGAGAGUUUAAUGUCAGACAGUUGUGAAAUUGGUUGAGAAAUGUCUGAAAAUUAAAUCUGCAGAUAUAAAAUCUGCUGGAGUUAUGUUAUUACGCCCAGCUUCGUGUUAUGACAAACUUUUUUUCGUCCUUCUUUUCAAUGUGUAGCUUUUCAAGUAGACCUUAUGUAUAGUUGUGAAAUUAUGCCACACAAUAUUAGAUCGCAUGAUGUAUCAUCUGUGAAGUGAAUAACUCUCAAUUAAUUUAAUAUUAUAUAAUUGAUGAGAGAUAGUUGAAAGUAACGUUAUAUGCGAGUUUUCAAUGACGACGGCUAUAAAAAUAUUAUUCAGAAACCCUGAAGAAUCAAUUCAGUACGCGUGCGCCCAUGUCUGAUAUGAUCAUAAUGUUGUGUCACAGAUUUGACAACGUGAAUUGUACAUAAAUGUUGGUUAGAUUUAAGAUACAGUGAUAGUAUGAAUGAAGAUGUAUAUAAUAAGCAACGCCCAAGUGUGCCGUUAAUGCACCGAGGCUGCUAAAUGAUUGUGUUGAAAAAAAUAUUCUAUUUAUGUGUAGCAUAGUCAAUGAGACUUGCUACAGAAGAUCACAACUAGUUUGUUGAGUAGAAAACCAUUUUUUUUUUUUGUUUUUCUUUUUCUUAUUAUUAUUGUUCGUUUUUACUAAUUACAACAAUCAUGUAAUUUAGUAAAUUUUGUGGGGGGGAGGGGGGGGGGGGGGGGGCAAAAGAACGGUAAAACACAAUUAAAUUGAGUAAUUGACAAAUACGAAGCAGUAAGGGGGAACGUAUGGGUAAACGCCUUAUAAAAAAGGUAUUUGCUGCGUUUAAUAAAAUCCAUUUAUUGAGAUAAUAUAACGAGACGUGAUCAGAUGGAAAGGCUAUAUUUUUGUAGAUUUGUUAUUGCAUAAAAAGGCAUUAAGACAAUGAAAAAAAAAAAUCUUGUGGCACGUUAGGAAAAUAAUGAGUUAAAAUUUACAACCAUAUCGAGGCUGAAUAAUAUGAUUACUCCAAAUCAUAUACAGUAUGCUAAAUACGUUUUGCGCAAGAAAUUGCGGGUUGAUCAAGUUUUAAGUAGCUCGUUUAACAGAUUUUGAAUAUUAUUUUCUGUUCCCGAAACAUCCACUUUUCACGAGUGUCGCGAAGAUAGCUGCCACUGAUUCAAACAAUUCAACUUAUUCAAUCAUUCGCCUCUCAUUGAUAUUGAAUUCCACGUGUUCGUGUGUUUCAUAUUCUUAAAUAUUGUUGGUGUUGUUUGAGAUAUAAUGAAACUAAAAUAAAGUAUAAAAACGUACAGGAAAAGAAAAAAAUUUCAACCUAACGUCAGCUAUGAGAACAUGCAGACAGUGUUAAUGAACGUUAAUUCAAUAUUUUAACUGGGUUAUCUUCAAAGAGGUUGCUACUUGCAAAAAAAAUGUCACUAAAAGAAAGAAAAAUAUAAAUAUGAUGAAUCAAUAAAUGAAAUCUAAUCUGACAAUACAGAACACUGUGAACCUUCAAGUCUGAAACGAAAAGUUAGCAUAUACACAUUAUUUACUAAAAAUGUAAGUAAUACAUGAUAAUUGUACUGCAAACGCUACAUUCGUUCUCAGUUUUUGAUCUGUAAAGUAAACGAAAUGUUCGUGAUUUCAAAUGGACCACACCCUGACAUACAACAUUGAAUACAAAUCAUGAAAUUCGAGAAUAAAUGCCACUUUACGCUUUUGUAAAGCUAAAUGAUUGAUUCUCUUUUCGAGAAAUUAACCUCUUGAUAAUAAUAUUCAAUAUAUUAUAUAAUAUAACUAUGAAAUGAAUUACAUGAAACCUAAUCAGUUGCUGCUGCACUGAUUUUCGUAUCUACAGCAUCGAAUAGUAAUGCACAAUUCAUAAAAAGAAAAUGUGAAAAAUCAAACUUGACUUAAUAUACAUAACAUAGAACAGAAAUGUGAGAACAAGACAGCUUGAGCAUAAAAAUAAACUAAUAUGAUCUAUGCAAGACAGGUCCUCUCUUAGCGACCUGUAACUGAUUUUCGUUGGAAGUGUAGAAUAGGGGCCCACAAAAAUUGUCUAUAACUUGACAUUAUACUGUGAACAAUACCUCUGUUAUAUUAAUAAGUUAGCUUCUGUGUUGCGUAUCCAGAAAAUUUGCAUCUUAUUGUAAUAUUUGCGAUAUUAAAUAAUUCUAUUUGUUGUAAAGCAUGUUUAUUGCAAAGAACAUAAGUGAGUAAGAAUCGCCUUCAGCGUAAUAGGUUCAUUUAUUUUAGUUUUUUUUUCAGUUAUUUGCAAACACAUAAUCAGUUGGGGAUUCUUGACUGCAAUUUUGCAUCUUAAUUUGGGCACAGCAAUUUUACAACUUAUAACAUUGCAAAGGUUGUAUACUGACCAAAUAAUUUAUCUGCAAUAAAAUUAAUCAAUUUAUUAUUCUUUGUUUCAAAGAAAAUUUUAUUAUUUCAUUUUCAUUUAUGGCUCUUGCCGCUUAGUUUCCUAGAUACCGUGAGGACAAUUCGAAGUAUAAAAUGAAGAAAAAAAAUUCAAAAAAAAUUAUCACAAAAAACUUUCAUUUAUUACACAUACCUUUAUAUAUUUUAAAUGCUUAUCUAAUCGACAGAAAAAAAAACGUAAUUGUAUUAUCAUUCGUUUCUGCACAUAUCUUAGUUAUACACAAAAGGAUGUGCAUUACAAUGUUGAAUUUCUUCAUUACAUAUUCUUUUGUUUUGCAUAAUCUAUGAAUUGAGUAAUGGAGGUGCAACUCUAAAUAUUAUCAAUAAUGCGGUAUGUGGUUUUUAACAGAAAUAUGAGUAACACCGCUCAUCAUUUAUAAAUUAUAAGUUUCUUUUAUAAUGUAGUUUUGCUUGUAUAUGUAAUAUCAAAUAUAUUAAAGUAUGUUAGCAGCGCAAUAAAUAAUGAAAGGAAAAAAGAAAAAACUAAGAAAAAAAAACAAAAAAAAUCCAUUUUUAUCGAUAUAGCUAAAUCCAUACGUGGGCCCCCGUAUUUAUAUAUUCUUAAAUAAAAUAUUACAUAAAGUAUAUUCUGCUAUCAAUUCUCAUAGCUAAAGGUGAACAAAAAUGUAAUAAAUGAAUUUAAAAAAAAAAAAAAAAAAAAUCCUACCUACACGAUAUAUUUUGUAUGAUUGCUAACAAUUUAUAUGUUUAUUCCUCCGUUUAAUUUUGCUUGGGAAAAAAAAAGUUGAUUUAAAAAUUUACAAAAUAUUAUGUAGCGCAUGGGCAGAGCUCGAUAGUUAAAUACACAUGUUUAUUGAAAUUUAUUUCUUUGCUGAUGUAACGAGUAAUAUUCAAUGUUUCCGAAUGAUUUAUAUAUGCUUAAAUGAAUGAAUAUGAAAAGUUUCACUUCACAAAAAGCAUUCCAUGCGCUAGAAUAUUAUUGUUGAUUGCAUAAGUUAAUCUCAAUGAGUUAUAACGCGCCAGUUUGGCCAACUAAAGAGCUAACAAAUGAAGUAUAAAUUGAACUCGAGAUAUCCAAUAAACGAAAAUUUG